AUGACACGGCAAUCCCAACUGAUCAACAGCCUCUCGACGCUCGUAAUGGUCUACGCGAUCUUGUAUCUGCGCCUCGUACCUCUGCCGAGCUUUGUCACACCCAAGAUCCAGGACGAGAUUAUUCCUGUUGUAAGUAUUGCAAUGUGAAAAGCGAUGGCCAGGUCACCCCGUAGCGUUCCCACGCGUCCGAAGGUUGACGAGAGCUCUGUGCUCACACUUCGGCGUCCCCGGUCGCUGAUAAAAACGUCGUUGUUACAUUCGCAGCUCCCGUUCAACAUCCUUGUCGCGAUCGGAAGCUAUUGCCUUUUCGAGCUCGGAUGGGGUAUCAUGACGUUCGGGGAGUGCAACGAGGCGCAGAAGGAGUUGAUGAGGGUCAGUCCCUGCCAUGCCGAGGAUGGAGACUUGCUGAGGGUCACAGAGAAUGCUUUACUGACAUAAUUUACACCCUCGGGUACAGGAUAUUGACGAGGCACGAACAAACCUGAAGAAGCAAGGCAUCCCGAUCGAUUGA